AUGCAUUCGCACACGCAUACUCGUACAAACAGACGGCAGGAUGUCGUGCAAUGUGAAUUUGCACCCAACAGUUCCCCCGUUCCCCUUCUGCCCUCUGUUGCUUCUGCUGCUGCUGUCGACCUCCUUGGCAUCGAGGAGGUCAGGGCUGCGUCUGCUCCUAGUGGGAGGCGCCGCAGCAGCAAGGGCAAGGGGGGCAAGGGUGGUGGAGGGGACGGGGGGGGCAGCGGUGGUGGCGGUGAAGGAGGCGGAGGGGGUGGGGGUGGAGGCAAGGGUGGUGGCGGGAGUGGGGGCGUUGGUGGCGGCGGUGGAGGUGGAGGCAGCGGCAGCGGUGGUGGAGGCAGCGGCAGCGGUGGAGGCAGUAGCGGCGGCGGUGGUGCUGGUCGGGUUGGAGCUGCGCUGCGUAGCAUCUAG